AUGGCUCUAGAUGCUAAGACCGAUCCCUACCUUACCGAUGAACAGCGAGCUUUCGUCGAAAAUAUGCGAGACUCUGCAAUCCAGAUUCUCCAGCUUCGGGACACCAGCUCCGACAUGAGAAACUGGCCGGGGCGCUGGUUUUACGGCCUGAGCGAUGACAAGGCUGAGACCCUGAUCGACGAGAUGAUUAAGGUCUUUCGCAUCAGGGUCAACGACUAUCUCAAAGGGGACGUUCCCUUCGAGCUGAUCCCUUACAUGUGGCCUGUGGUCGUAAUCUUGACGGAAGAUGAAUCUCCCAUGAUCGAGGGUCUCAGGUUUCAAUACUUCCCUGAGCAUUUCUCGCCAGGGGUUUCGGCUCACGACAGAUUUGAGCGGACCUAUAGUAAGCUCUUCAUCUUGUCGCAUCUCCGACGGCAACGUGAGCUUGAGACUAAAACCCUCGUGGACGUCCGCAGAAGCGAUCAUGGCAAAAGAUCUUUAGCUGAGAAGGGGCUUCGAGCGAAAUUCUACCGCAGAAUCGUAACUGCUUCGCACUGUAGCAUCUUCGGUUCGAUAGCAGCUGGCGACAAGUUGGAGUCACAAAUAUCGACCGUCGGUUUCAACGGUGUAGCUUCGCUUUCGAGCAUUAUUUCAAGAAAAGAUCUGUAUAAACCGCUGAGAUAUAAGCGACAAAUUGAACCUGACUGA